AUGGCCGAGAAUAUUUACGACGAAAUCGAGAUCGAGGAUAUGACUUAUGAUCCAGUCCUACAAAUUUAUCAUUAUCCAUGUCCAUGUGGCGAUCGAUUUGAAAUCGGUAUUGCUGAUUUGAGAGAUGGCGAAGACAUUGGUGUCUGUCCAAGUUGUAGUUUGAUGAUCAAAGUUAUUUUCGAGGUGGAUGAUUUACCAAAGCCGGAAGGAGAUCAAGGUGGCCCUCAAGUGACGAUUGCGACAUGA